AACACUAGGGCUCUGUAAAGCACAGUUAGAAAAACUAGGGUUGAACCCAAACCCCAUCUUCCAGGUGGGGAAACAAGAUCCAGAGAGGGAGUGACUCUCCGGAAUCACUAGGGACAGACCCAGAAGUGGCCCCAGACAUCUGGUAUCAAUUCUGCUACACCAGGAUUUUCCUACACUUCGCCCUAACUGCCCCCAGCCUCUCAGUGUGCAGGGAGUCUUGAGAUGGGGUGGGGGCACAUGGCUGUGGUCUGUCAAGAGUCCGGCCUCCAGCCCCAGUUGGGGCAUGGCCCACAUGAGACAAAAAUCCACAGGGCAGGCGUGGGUGGGUUGCUCAGGGUCAUAGCCUGGUUAUGCCAUGUCUUUUUUUUUUUUUCUGCUGCUGCUGCUUUUUUAAUUGAGUUUGAGGUGGUUGUUUUUUGUUUCCUUAAGAGAUGGAAAAGAAUGAAGCUGCGUAAAUACAACUAUAUUAACUCCCUGGAAAACCUCCUGCCAUUUUAACUCUGUUACUGGAGAAAUAAAAGAGAAAUAAUUUGUCCACCCACACUUAGCUCUUUCUGACGAAGGUCUCCCCCAGCCGAUAGUGAUGGAGGCACUGGACGAGGCUGAAGGGCUCCAGGACUCACAGAGAGAGAUGCCGCCACCCCCUCCUCCCUCGCCGCCCUCAGAUCCAGCUCAGAAGCCACCACCUCGAGGCGCUGGGAGCCACUCCCUCACUGUCAGGAGCAGCCUGUGCCUGUUCGCUGCCUCACAGUUCCUGCUUGCCUGCGGGGUGCUCUGGUUCAGCGGCUAUGGCCACGUCUGGUCACAGAACGCCACAAACCUCGUCUCCUCUUUGCUGACGCUCCUGAAACAGCUGGAACCCACGGCCUGGCUUGACUCUGGGACGUGGGGAGUCCCCAGUCUGCUGCUGGUCUUUCUGUCCGUGGGCCUGGUCCUCGUUACCACCCUGGUGUGGCACCUCCUGAGGACACCCCCAGAGCCACCCACCUCACUGCCCCCUGAGGACAGGCGCCAGUCAGUGAGCCGCCAGCCCUCCUUCACCUACUCAGAGUGGAUGGAGGAGAAAAUCGAGGAUGACUUCCUGGACCUCGACCCAGUGCCCGAGACUCCUGUGUUUGAUUGUGUGAUGGACAUCAAGCCUGAGGCCGACCCCACCUCGCUCACCGUCAAGUCCAUGGGUCUGCAGGAGAGGAGGGGUUCCAAUGUCUCCCUGACCCUGGACAUGUGCACUCCGGGCUGCAACGAGGAGGGCUUUGGCUAUCUCAUGUCCCCACGUGAGGAGUCCGCCCGCGAGUACCUGCUCAGCGCCUCCCGUGUCCUCCAAGCAGAAGAGCUUCACGAAAAGGCCCUGGACCCUUUCCUGCUGCAGGCGGAAUUCUUUGAAAUCCCCAUGAACUUUGUGGAUCCGAAAGAGUACGACAUCCCUGGGCUGGUGCGGAAGAACCGGUACAAAACCAUACUUCCCAACCCUCACAGCAGAGUGUGUCUGACCUCACCAGACCCUGACGACCCUCUGAGUUCCUACAUCAAUGCCAACUACAUCCGGGGCUAUGGUGGGGAGGAGAAGGUGUACAUCGCCACUCAGGGACCCAUCGUCAGCACGGUCGCCGACUUCUGGCGCAUGGUGUGGCAGGAGCACACGCCCAUCAUUGUCAUGAUCACCAACAUCGAGGAGAUGAAUGAGAAAUGCACCGAGUAUUGGCCGGAGGAGCAGGUGGUGUACGACGGUGUUGAGAUCACUGUGCAGAAAGUCAUUCACACGGAGGAUUACCGGCUGCGACUCAUCUCCCUCAAGAGUGGGACUGAGGAGCGAGGCCUGAAGCAUUACUGGUUCACAUCCUGGCCCGACCAGAAGACCCCAGACCGGGCCCCCCCACUCCUGCACCUGGUGCGGGAGGUGGAGGAGGCAGCCCAGCAGGAGGGGCCCCACUGUGCCCCCAUCAUCGUCCACUGCAGUGCAGGGAUUGGGAGGACCGGCUGCUUCAUUGCCACCAGCAUCUGCUGCCAGCAGCUGCGGCACGAGGGUGUGGUGGACAUCCUGAAGACCACGUGCCAGCUCCGUCAGGACAGGGGCGGCAUGAUCCAGACAUGCGAGCAGUACCAGUUUGUGCACCACGUCAUGAGCCUCUACGAAAAGCAGCUGUCCCACCGGUCCCCAGAAUGACUGCGCUUCUCCUACAAGGUUCUCUGGGCACUGCCCAGCCUGAGUCUCGGCCCUCAGCCAGGGCCCCGCCUCGGGUCCUAGGCCUGCUCCCCGCUUCCUCCCCUUCAGUCAGCUCCCUCUGUCCUCUGUCAGCCUGGCCUGGCCCCUACCCUCCAGCAUUGCUCUUCCUACUGUACAUAUUGGGGAGUGGGGGGCAGGGUCGGGGAGGGACAUGCCAGGCCAGGCCUGGGGCCCCAGGGCCUGACCCACACCACGCAGAUCCCGGGCCCCAGUUUUUAACGAUGGUUCCAUCAAUACCUGAUCCAGAAUGUUUCCGUGCUACACUCUGUGUCCUGCUGCAGUGUGUUCUGUCUGUCCAUCCAUCUCUGCUCUCUGUACCGGACACUGUGUCUCCUCGGCCAGGAAGGGGUAAUGAGCUCCAGCCCCUUAAGCAACCGGACUUGUCUGCCUCGGCCUCACCCGUACUUCUCCCAAAAGGCAGAUGACCGGGAGUUAGGCAUGGGGAGCUCCGGAGGGUUACCAGAGAGCUUUCAGCUGAGGGAGAGUUCUCUAGGUUGGAGUGGGCGUCACAGCCAGGGUGGCCUCUGGGUGUCAGAUGUCCUCAGGAGGGUGCCCAGCCUGUGAGGCACUGGCAAGGUAGGGGGCAGAUGGGGCAUGGAGAACCCAGAGGAUCUAGACCCUGUUGGGGAGGGGAGGGGAGCUCAAGGUUUGGGUGGGGACUCAGCCCCAGAUCUGUGUGAGGCAUUUUUCUGUGUCACUGUGGGAAAGCCUUCCCAGAAGUCUCACUGCGUGUCGCUCUGCGUGUGUUCCCAUGUCCGUGUGUGUUGAGAGCCCAUCACGAGGGCAUGCAUGACUCUUUGGCAACAUGUGUUAUCUUGGAGCCACGUGUUUUUAUUGCUGACUUUAAAUAUUUAUCCCACGGCAGACAGAGACAUUUGGUGUCUUUUUAUAAUUCGCUCGUGGUCAUUGAAUAGAGCAAUAAACGGAGCAUUUUGAGCAAAACUAA